GGUUCUAGUAAUGCAUGAUGGAGGUGGAGGCCAGGAAUCUUCAGUUAUCAGUCUCUAUGGUAACAUCUUCAUCACAUUCGUUGGAGCUGGGAUACUCGGUCUACCUUACGCUUUUAAAGAGGCGGGGAUUAUUGAAGGUGCAAUCGUGUUAGCAUUCGUGGCAGUACUUAGUAUUAAGGCGAUGUUCCUAGUGAUAGACUGCAAGUACAAGAUAUUAUCUCAGCAACUAGAUCUGGAGAAACUAUUAGAGGGAGACUCCAAACAGGACGUUGACCUCGAGUACGGGGAUGUUGGCCAGGUUGCCCUGGGUAACACCGGACGCUGGCUGGUUGAGGUCAGUCUCUGCCUGUCUCAAGUUGGGUUCUGCUGUGCCUACGCUAUAUUUAUACCUCACAAUGUGGUCCUGUCCAUUCCUGCUUUCAACUACUCUGGCCUUCUAUUGCUACUGCUCCCUGGCUGGAUUAUGUUAAACUUGUUAAGGACUCUGAAAAGUCUCGCAAUUUUCAGUUUGAUGGCAGACUUCGCUACUCUCUUCGCUUACGUGGUGGUCUUUUGGUUCGACUUCGAACAUUUCGAUAAUAUCGAGAAAGGACUACGAGAAGAGUCGCUAGUAAACCUACCUUUCUUUCUGGGUAUAAGCAUGUACUGUUUUGAAGGAGCAGGAAUGAUUUUAGCUUUAGAAACUUCAGUAGCUCAGAACCUGCGGAAGAGCUUUAAAAAAAUAUUCGCUAAAGCGCUAACACUGCUGGUGAUCCUGUACAUAACAUUUGGUGUCUGCGGUUACAUGUCCUUUGGUCACACUACCAUGCAGAUUAUCACACUUAAUCUCCCUGAUGGGAUUGUUCCUAAUAUUGUCAGACUUUGUCUGUCUUUCAGUCUCUUCUUCACUUAUCCAAUAAUGAUGUUUCCAGUGGUAAAACUGUUAGAUAAAAAGUUUAGAAGCACUGACAAUCUCCACAAAUCUAACAUGAUGAGAGUCUCCCUGGUACUGACUACCUACGUGGUAAUAGCGAUAGUCCCCAACUUCUCCAUACUGAUGGCGUUUGUGGGUGCUACUUGCUGUACCCUACUGGGUUUCAUACUUCCUGCUCUCUUCCACCUCAAGAUAUUCAAAGAGUCCCUAACUCAAAAAGAAAAGAUUUGGGAUAUUAUAAUAUUAACUAUCGGAAUUAUAGGGGGUAUCGUCUGCACGCUAGACGCGUUACAGCGUAUGUUUGCUGGAGAAAUAGUUGUUGAAGACCCUUCAAGCACGCAAGGAUUUUAGGCACGUGACGUCAUCACACUGUCACGUGACGUCAUCACACUGUCACGUGACGUCAUCACACUGCCACGUGACGUCAUCACACUGCCACGUGAUUUCAUCACACUGCCACGUGAUGUCAUCACACUGCCACGUGACGUCAUCACACUGUCACGUUCCGCAAAAGUUUUCAACAUUUUCCCGAACUGCAGAUAAUUAGUUUGACAAUGGUUCAUUUGUUCUUUUUUGGCAAUUUUUACCAAAGAAUCCAAUGUUUAAAAGAUAUUCUAGAGCUGUUAUUAAUAGAGAAUGUGUAGUAACCUUCCUUAAAAAGUUUGUCUCAUCCAAAAAUAUUGAUAAUUUACUAAUUUGUGGGCUGAAAUCUAUCAAAUUGGUGCGUAUGCCCAAAUAUGGUCUUGUUUUUUAAUAUAAAACUUUCUUUAUAUGUUCAAGAGACUAGUAGCUACAAAUAUAGCACCCAAAGCAUGGUUUUGGACAUCUUAAGAUGAUUAGGCAUAAUUGAGCCUGAAUUUGACCAAAUAUGGGCUUGGCAUAAUUAUUUCUAAUUCGUUGUGUUCUGCAAUUUUCUGUGUAUGCGAUGACGGACGUAUAAUUUUGUUCUUAAUUUAAAUUUGGGUAUUACUAUUAACUAUUUAUUGUAGUAUUUUAUUAGAAUGAUAUUUGACUUCCGUAUAGCUAAUUUUUUCCGCUGUUCCAUUUCAAAUAAGCUGCUAAUACCGCAUGACGAUGCACUUAACCAAUUUUAAUUGAUAGUAUAGUUUACUUAUGUCUGACUAGAUUGAGAUGCUUACCAUAUUUGAAUUGAUUAAAAGUUUGUUAUGUAUCGCAGUGUAACACAACUAUGCAAAUUGUUCAUUGACAUUCAUUUGUUAUGACCUCCAUUACCUAAUUUUUCCUACA